AUACUUUGUUUCAGGGGAAGGCAAUGAUGAACAACCCUUUGUUCCUGCUAAUAAAGAGAACAUGUCAGGCUACGACACCAACUUAUACCUUUACUCGGAGGAGAUGGAGGAGAGACCCCGGAUCUCAACACUCAUCAGCUCUCUGGCCAACUACUCCAACACUAUUCCUGCUGCAGAAGACCCAGAUGUCAAACCUCAGACUGGUGGAGCUUCUAUGGGGACUCUUGUUGGUGUCUAUUUGCCUUGCAUUCAGAACAUUUUUGGUGUUAUUCUCUUCAUCCGUUUGACGUGGGUUGUUGGAACUGCUGGUGCAGUGCAAGGAUUCUCUAUUGUUCUUUUAUGUUGUUGUGUGACUAUGCUAACUGCAAUUUCUAUGAGUGCCAUUGCUACGAAUGGGGUAGUACCAGCUGGUGGUUCUUAUUUCAUGAUAUCACGCUCUCUUGGACCUGAAUUUGGAGGUGCUGUUGGAAUGCUCUUUUACACUGGAACUACUCUAGCAGCAGCCAUGUAUAUCAUUGGUGCAGUUGAGAUUGUGUUGACAUAUAUGGCUCCUGAAUUAUCUAUUUUUGGUGAUUUUACAAAAGAUGUUGAAAUAAUGUAUAACAACUUCCGUGUUUAUGGCACUUGCCUGUUAGUAGUAAUGGGCACCAUAGUAUUUAUUGGUGUGAAGUUUGUCAAUAAGUUUGCUGGAGUUGCAUUAGCUUGUGUAAUACUGUCUAUUGUAGCCGUUUAUGUCGGAAUAUUCUCAAAUAUUUAUGGAAGUGAUAAAUUGAAGAUUUGUGUGCUAGGAAACCGCUUGCUGAAAGACAUUGCUAUUGAUAGGUGCAACAAAACUGUUGGAGGUGAACUGUAUAAUUUGUUUUGUCCCAAUGGUACAAAGUCAGGUUGCGAUCCAUACUUUGAAAAACAUGAUGUAACAAUCACUCGGGGAAUAAAGGGAUUAGCAAGUGGAGUGUUUUUUGAUAAUUUAGGAGAUUUCUUUUUGAAUGAGGGUCAGUAUAUAGCUACAAGCAAGGAUCCGGAAGAAAUUAAUGUUGUACAAAAUAAAAUAUACAAUCAAGUUACUGCCGAUCUUACCACUACUUUUACCAUCUUGAUUGGAAUUUUCUUUCCUUCAGUGACUGGAAUUAUGGCUGGUUCAAACCGUUCUGGAGAUUUAGCAGACGCUCAAAAAUCUAUUCCUAUUGGUACAAUAUGUGCAAUUUCAACAACUUCUUUUGUCUACUUAUCUGCUGUUUUAUUAUUUGCUGGGACUGUGGAUAACUUGUUACUCCGUGAUAAAUUUGGACAAAGUAUUGGUGGUAGACUAGUUGUUGCAAAUAUGGCUUGGCCUAAUGAAUGGGUGAUUCUAAUUGGAUCAUUUCUCUCCACUCUUGGUGCUGGUCUACAAAGUUUAACUGGAGCUCCAAGACUUUUACAAGCAAUUGCUAAGGACGGUAUUAUACCAUUUUUAGCUCCAUUUGCAGUUUCUUCAAAGCGAGGUGAACCUACAAGAGCUUUGCUAUUAACUUGCCUUAUAUGUCAAUGUGGAAUCUUACUUGGAAAUGUUGAUUAUUUGGCUCCUCUACUUUCUAUGUUUUUUCUUAUGUGUUAUGGAUUUGUAAAUCUUGCUUGUGCUCUGCAAACCUUAUUAAGAACACCGAACUGGAGGCCACGUUUCAAAUACUAUCACUGGUCUCUCUCCUUUAUUGGUUUAUCUCUUUGUAUUGCUGUGAUGUUCAUGUCUAGUUGGUAUUAUGCCCUUGCUGCAAUGGGAAUGGCUGGUUUAAUAUAUAAAUACAUUGAAUAUCGAGGAGCUGAAAAAGAAUGGGGUGAUGGUAUAAGAGGUCUAGCUUUAUCUGCUGCUCGUUAUAGCCUGUUGCGCUUAGAAGAGGGACCUCCUCAUACUAAAAAUUGGAGACCACAAAUUCUUAUUUUAAGUGAACUAACUGAUGAAUAUAUUCCAAAAUAUCGAAAAGUUUUCACUUUUGCAUCACAAUUGAAAGCAGGUAAGGGAUUGACAAUUUGUGUAGCUGUCAUACCUGGAGAAUUCUGUGGUUGUGCAGGAGAGGCAAUGGCUGCUAAGCGUAGUCUAAGGAAAGUAAUGGAGGAAGAGAAAGUUAAAGGAUUUGUUGAUAUUCUGGUUGCAAAUAAUGUCCCUGAGGGUAUAAGUCAUUUGGUUCAAACAACUGGUCUUGGUGGAAUGAAACCAAACACAGUAAUACUUGGUUGGCCUUAUUGUUGGAAACAAGCAAAUCAUGAACGAACUUGGGCUACAUUUUUGAAAACUGUCAGAAGUGUUGCUGCUGCCCGUAUGGCCCUACUUGUUCCUAAAGGAAUUAAUUUCUUCCCAAAUUCUACCAUGAAGAUGAACGGCAACAUUGAUGUUUGGUGGAUUGUCCAUGAUGGUGGUUUAUUAAUGCUUCUACCAUUUUUACUUAAGCAACAUCGAACUUGGAAAAAUUGUAAACUAAGGAUCUUUACUGUUGCUCAAAUGGAAGAUAAUUCCAUUCAAAUGAAGGAAGAUCUAAAAAAAUUUUUAUAUCACCUUAGAAUUGAAGCAGAAGUCGAAGUUGUUGAAAUGACUGACAACGAUAUAUCAGAGUAUACUUAUGAAAGAACAUUGAUGAUGGAACAAAGAAAUCAAAUGCUCCGUGAACUACGUCUGAACAAAAGAGAAGCCUUGGGAAUGGUACAAGCAAUAAUAGAUCAACACCAUGAUGUGAAAACAGCUACAAAAGUGAGAUUUCAAGAACCUUCUGCCAAUGGUGGUGGAGAAUCUGGAGUUACUGAAAAAGAACAAACUGCUGUUGAGGCGAAAGAAGAAGAAGCUAAGAAUGAGGGUGAGACUGUUUCAUGUAGCAACAAGACAGUACCAGCCUGUACAACUGUGUCCUCUGAAAAAACACCUGUUACUCCGGAUGAAGGAAAUGUUAGAAGGAUGCACACAGCAGUGAAACUAAAUGAAGUUAUCGUGAAUAAAUCGCAUGAUGCCCAACUUGUGAUUCUCAAUCUCCCUGGACCACCAAAGGACACAUCAGUUGAAAGAGAAGCAAACUAUAUGGAGUUCUUAGAAGUGUUAACAGAAGGACUGGAAAGAGUUCUAAUGGUGCGAGGAGGAGGAAGGGAAGUUAUAACAAUCUACUCAUGAAGUCAUUGUUUUUCCAGAGUUGUGCAACCUGCUUUGUGCUUUUAUGUAAAAAAGCGAUUAUCAAGUUUAUAUAAGUUACUAGCGUAUAAUAUUUUUAAAACUCUUUAUUGUAAGCAAGUGAAAUAGUAGACAGAAUUUUCAACAUAUAUAUUUAAAAACUUUAAAUCAAAUUUUACAACACAAUUCUCAAACAUAUAAAUAUAUUUGGUAAGCCAAACCCAAACGAUCUUAAAAUAUUUAUAAAAUAUCAAGGUUAUCUUAAAAAAUAUUGCAAUAAAAACCAUCAUAAUGUCAGAUAUUAUUAAAUUUUAUCAAAGAUUAUUACAUUUUCUGUAUUAAAAUGGAAAUAAAAAUUAUUCAUGGUGAUAAAAUGGAAAACUAAGCUCUAAAGUUAUUUAUACAGCAUUUGUGUUGUAUGGCACAUUUAACAUGAUGGCCUUCUACUACAUUUUUAAUCUAUAAUUAAAUAUUUGAAAGAAUAUAAAUAAUAACUAUCCAUUAUUUUAAAAUCAUAUAUUAAUUAUUUGAUUGAAAUCAAUUGAUAAUUUCAUUUUAAAUCAAGGGUAAUGCCAUUUUUGAAGUUCUCAAAACCUUCACUAAUUAUAAUUCACAUAAACGAUUAUAAAAAUAUGUGACAGAAGUAAGACUAAGACUUAAUGUAAUGAUUUUAAUUUAAACCAUCAACUAUAAUUUUAUUUGGAAAUCGUUAAAUAAUUAUAUUAAACCAAGCACUGAUAAUCUUUAGAACAUUGUUUGUUCUGAUAAAUAUUUUUAAAUUCUAGUAUUAAAAAUAUUUAUUUUGUUGAUUACUGUUGUUGAAACAAUAACUGAAAUAGUCAUAAAAAUAUUAUUUUAUUUUUCUUAUUAUCAUUAGACAUUUCCAUUAAUACUAAAGUUCAAGAUUUGAAAAAACUAAAAAAAAAACUAUGUGUGCCUACACUUAAAAAUAUUUGUGUUCAUAUUUCUAAAUUUAAGUAAAUGGUUCAAAACACUGUUUAUCUUAGACUGUUAUUCAAGUGAAUAAAGAAUAACGUACUGAUAGUUUUCUUGUUUUAAUUUUUUUUACAUAAAAAAACAUUUAAUUUACUUCAAUUUUUUUUUAAAUUAUUAUAUUUUUAGUCAAAUUCAUCACAAUUUUCAGCAAAUAAAGAUGAACAUUUAUUUCAUAAUAGUAAAUAUUUAAAUAAUCCUCUGUAUUAUUUUAUUGAUAUCUUUUUGAUAAAAUGACAAUGCCCUUCAUUAUACAUCAGUUUUAUUUUUAAUUAAAAUAGAGUAAAUAUUUGAUAUAGAAAUUUUAAAAAUAUUUAAUAAUUUAUCAAAUAUGGGCAACGUUUUUGCCACCACUAGUCAAUUAGCUAAGGUAAGACUUGUUAAAGUUUAGUAGGUUUUUCCAUCCACUAAUAAAGUGUAUAUAAAUGUUUGUGUAAAUCUCGAACAACACCAGCCUCGAUAAUUAGAAAUUUAUAUAAACUCAUUUAGUAGAUAUUAACCUUAUAAUACUUUGUUGAAUCUGCAAGUGCUUUCUUUAAAAAAUAUAUAUACACUCUAUAACAGAGCUAAAUCUUAAAUAAUAGGUAAUAAUUGUAAUUAAUUCAUUUAUUUCUUGUAUAUAUUUUUACAUAAAAAUAAAGGGUGUGUAUAUACAUAUAUGGAACACUUUUCCCUUGAUAACACCCCGUUAAAGAUUUUGAUUACAAUUAUUUUCAUUGUUUUAAAUGAUAGAUAAUUACAUAUAAAUGUGUAAAAUAUCAUUAAGAUUUUAAAUCAAAUAUUUAUAUGUACAUAUAUAUUUUUUUUAAUAGCAAUGUCAACAGUACCAUUAUCGAUGGUUGGUGGUACAUCUAGUUUGUUAUUUUCAAUUAUAUAUAUAUAUAUAUAUAUAUAUAUAUAUAUUGACUUGUUUAUCAUGAAUUUAAAUGAUUUACACUAUGUUAAAAAGUGAUAUUUUGUAAAUGUUUAUUUAUUUUAGACAAAUUUGUUAUUAUUAUUGUUUCUUAGUGCCUCUGUAUGUUAUGUUACUAAGAAAAAAAUCUAAAUAUGAUAUAAAAAUAUUUAAAAAUUAAUGUAUUGCUCCUAAGCAAACAUUUGUAUUAUUUACUCAUUAUGAAAAUGAAUUAAGUAAAAAAGAAUUUUAAAUAAAAAAAUAAAAUAAAAAAAAAUGCGCACAAAGUUUAUUUGAAGUAGCCAGAAUGGUAAGAAAAAAACAAAUUGAAAUAAAUUAAGCAGAAAAAGUACACAGUGAUCUCAUUAAAUUUUUAUUUCUGAACUUUUACAUACAGUUUCUUUUUGUAUAAAAAUACUGUUCUAAUAUAACAUUAAAAAGUGGAUGUUAACUCUAGCUAGAUGUAGAUGUAGAAAGUAAAUAAUUUCCAUUUCAUUCAUUAAGUAUUAAUUCACAGACAGAAAUAUAUUAGAAUAAAAUAAAAAAAAAAAACAUUAAUGACUACUGAUUUCUGACGAUCCAUCUUUUUUACAAUAAAAAAUAUAUAAUAUGUGGAAAUUUUUUUUUUUGUACUUAUUUAUAGUAUUUAAGAUACAUAAAAAUUAAAUAUAAUCUUUUAUAUCAGCCAUUAUUGAUCAUUACAAUAAUGGUAUUUUUAUUUAUUUUUUAUGGUUUUCCAGUUAAAUGAAUAAAAUUUAUAAAUAUAUAUAAUCACGUUGUAUAAAAUUCAUCAAUUAGUUUCAGAUUUCUUAUUAGUUAUUAAUAAGCAACUCAAAAAAGAAAUAUUUAGACUUACAUUUCAUCUCCUCUGCUCAUACUAAGAUAUCUACAUUAAAACUCAUACUUUCAUCUUUGUAUUAAUACGCUGUAAAUAGCUUUAUAGCAAUUCAAGAUUGUGAUUCCACAUUAAACUUAUCUGGUGACAAGGGGCAUAUGAGAAAUUGUCUACGUUUGUUGAUAACACUAACAUUUUUAGACUAUUUUUUUAUUUCUUGUACGAACACAUACAUUUAAACAUAUUAAUAUGUUAGUUUUUUAUUUUAUUCUUGCAAUUAACAAGAUAAAUUAACAGAUUUAUGUGAUUUUAUGGGAAGAAUCUAAUGAUAUAAAAAGUGAUAUUAAGACAGAAAAAAACAUUAAAAUUAAAAAAAAUAUGUGACCUUUUUUAACUGCUUUACGUAAUUAUCCUGUAUACUUCUUCCAUUACUGUUAUUGAAACUAUUUACUAAUUAAGAUGUGAAUCAUAAACUAUUACCUUUUAAUACUAAAGUUUCAGUAAAUGUUAUAGGCUCUCUUCUAUUUAAUGCAUCCUGAAUCAAAUAUAUAAACUAAAUAGUGUAACUUUAGUGGUAUUUGAAUUUAGAUUCUGAAUUGAUUUUAAAAUUAAGUUUAUAGUAAAUGAUAUAAUAAAAAAAAAUUGUAAGUGGUCCCUGGAAGAGGAACAGUUAUGCAGAGCAUUUAAUAUUUAGAAGUAAAUAGCAUGGUUAUGGAAGAUGUAAUGUUUGUAGCUUACUUAAUAUUUUUUGUUUUAUUAUUUAAAAUAUAAAAAAUAAAAUAUUGUAAAAAUAUUUAUAACCAAUUAAAAAAAUAGAACAUGAUUAUUUUUUUCUACUCUUCUACAACUAUGAACAAUAGUUAUUGUUUCUGGUAUCAUUAGGUGACUAUCUUAAAACUUAAUUCUUAAAUGUUAUCAUACCGAUUUCUGUUUUUUUACACAGACUUUAUGUAACUGUGUAUAAUGUGAAUGGGUACUUUUCAGUCUUUCCGAAAAUUGCAUACGGUAAAAAUAAUGAAGUACCUCUAUUAAAAGUUAAAGUUAUUAUUAUUAUGCAGAUAAAACUUAUUUCCUAACAUAAAACGGCUCUAUAUUUGAAAUUGCUACAAGUUUUCUCAUAUGAUCCAUUAUAUUAAUACUUAGAUAGUAUUAUAUGUUUAGGAGUUAAGUUUAUUUACGUGUAAUAUAUUUUUAUUUAGUUGUAAGAAAAUUCUUUUUUAUUUAAUAAAAAAAAGCUAAUUAAUAUAAGAAAGAAUAAGUUGUUAUGAGAGUUAUGCUCUUGAAUGAUCAUGUUUUCAUAGUUGCCAAAAGUUCAUAUUUUUGUAUGUAGUAGUUAUUCUGUUAUUGUAUCAAAAGUUUAUACAAUAUACAUUUAAAUAUAUAAUGAACCAUAUUUUUAUUGGUUAUAUAUUAUUUUAAAUGGUUCACACACUAUUUUAGUGAGUAGAUUUGUGAUCAGUUUUUAUGUUAUGUAAUAUCAUUUAUGCUGCAAUAAUGAUUUGUGUAGUAUUAAUAAUCAAUUAUGAUUUGUCUUUCUUUACAAAUCUGUUCAGCUUUUUCCCCCUGUUUUGUUUGUAUACAACACGUAAAAUAUUCUCGAUUCAAACAAUACGAUAAAGAAUUUAAAAACUUUAGUUAUGAAUGCUUGAGUAAUUAGAAUCGAGCCUUUGAAAUCUUAUUUCAUAAUUUUUUAUCAGAAAUUUUAAUUCAGCUUAUAACUCUGAAACUUAUUCUCUCAAAAUGUCAAUUCUAUUAUUAAUGAUUUUCAUUGUAUUAAAACAUGAGACUUUCUAUUAACAGUAGAAAAUAAAAGCUGAUUCACUAAGUUCUGUAAAGUACUACAUGAUAUCAAAAUAUUUGUAUUUAAUUUUUUUUAUUUAAUUAUUUUAAAUGUUCAACUUAUUUUGCUUGUAGUGGUAGAGAUAAUAAAGUGAUUUUCUACUUUAGAUUGUAAAAAUUCUAACUUAAAUUUAGAAAAAUCAUUAAAACCUAGCCCAUGAAAUUACAAAUUUCAUUUAAAUUUUGAAUUAUUGUUGAAAUAAGAAAAUAUUAUUAUUAAGUUAUGUACAGUGAAUACUAGAAAUUAUGGUUUAUGACAUAUUGAUAAACUUGUUAGAAUCUUAUUUCCUUUAUAUUUUACUAUUUUUUAUUCUGUUGAAAUUUAAACAGCACAACUUAAAAUAUAAAACACUUAAGCCUUAUAGGCUUUUAUGUGGCAAUACAUAAAUAUAAAUAAAGAAUUUUUUAAAUAGUCAAG